AUGGCAACGCAGCAUUCCAGUACACGCAGCGACCAGGUCCCUGAAACAGUUGCAGAAUUAUUCCACCAAGGUGGUGGCCCCGUCAACCACCCGGUCACCCUGCAUCUGCAGGCGUCCUACACCUACCUGUCUCUGGGCUUUAUUUCAGCUGUGACACUGUGCCUCUGGAAGGAUGAGCUGACGCCGUCCAAGAUGAGUGGGGUAACGCUCAGGGUGCCAGGGAAGCCUCCACAGUCCUGGAGGAGAACCCGACGCAGGGACCUGCGGGCUCCGGCUUCUGCCCGCACAUACCCUCAGCUGUGUGACUUCCUGGAGAACCGCGUCCUGGGUGCGCAGGUGAAACUCCCGGAGAAGACGGGCAAGCACCUGGCAGGCCUCAGCAGGCCAGCUGACGCCCAGGCUGGGCCGGGCGGGUAUCUCUUUGAAAGGCUCACUCUCGAAGAAGACUAG